AGCGGUGGCCCGCAGCGGCCCCGUCCCGGCAGCGAGCCAUGGGCCAGAAGCUCUCGGGGAGCCUCAAGUCGGUGGAGGUGCGAGAGCCGGCGCUGCGGCCGGCCAAGCGCGAGCUGCGGGGAGCGGAGCCGGGGCGGCCGGCGCGGCUGGACCAGCUGCUGGACAUGCCGGCAGCGGGGCUGGCGGUGCAGCUGCGCCACGCGUGGAACCCCGAGGACCGCUCGCUCAACGUCUUCGUCAAGGAUGACGACCGGCUCACCUUCCACCGGCACCCGGUGGCGCAGAGCACGGACGGCAUCCGCGGCAAGGUGGGCCACGCCCGCGGCCUGCACGCCUGGCAGAUCCACUGGCCAGCACGGCAGCGGGGCACACACGCUGUGGUGGGCGUGGCCACGGCGCGUGCCCCGCUGCACUCAGUGGGCUACACGGCGCUGGUGGGCAGCGACGCCGAGUCCUGGGGCUGGGACCUGGGCCGCAGCCGCCUCUACCACGAUGGCAAGAACCGACCCGGCGUGGCCUACCCCGCCUUCCUGGGGCCCGAUGAGGCCUUCGCGCUGCCCGACUCGCUGCUCGUGGUGCUGGACAUGGACGAGGGCACACUCAGCUUCGUCGUGGACGGCCAGUACCUGGGCGUGGCCUUCCGUGGCCUCAAGGGCAAGAAGCUUUACCCGGUGGUGAGCGCUGUGUGGGGCCACUGUGAAGUCACCAUGCGCUACAUCAAUGGCCUUGACCCCCACGCAAUAAACCUUGAGGCAAUGUAAUUGUUAUUAAAACCCAUCUUAUAGACGAGGAAACUGACUCUUGGAGAGGUGAAGAGUUAGCCCAAGACCGCACGGCUAGCCAAUGGCAGAGCUGCCCUGAAACCCAGGUCGUCGUGACCACUCCCGUGCCUCCUGCUACCUGGGCCGGCCCUGUGGCCUCCACUCUGCCCGCCGAUUCCAAAGAGCAGGUGUCCGAGCCCAGGGCUGACUAAGCGGGGAUGGGGAGCGGGGCCCCAGGAUCUCAGGCCCAGUGGGCAGGGAAGCCUUGUCAACCUGCUCUGAGCCAGGGAAACUGUCGUUCCAGACGUCAUUCCUAGAUGGUUUAAUUGAUCUGCCAACAAGCAUUUAUUGGCGCAUCAGCUCAGCAGAGGAGGCUGGCGUCCAGCCAAGGCUUCUGGUGCUGAUGAAGGCCAGAGAGCGUUUUCUACCGGGAUGGCUGCAAGGACACCGUCCCCUUGCCAGAGCUGUCUGCACUGCACUCACGACCUUCCUGCCCAGCUCCCCGGUGUCUCCUGGGUGGCCCCAUCCUCUGGACUCUCUACUCCUCCUCCCUCCUGAGCCAGGUCCAGGCCUGGUCUCCCCUUUGCCCCGCACCCUAUCAUUCUUCUCUGACUCCAGCUCACCACAGCCCUCAACCCAGGGCUCUGUCCCCUGCACCCCCAAUUCAAGGCUGAGUCCUCCUCCCAUGCCCCGCCAAUCCCCGCUUUGCCCCAGUCACUCACUUUUCCACAUGUGUAUGCCUUCUUUCCCCAGGUGGGUG